UCUCAUUCCGGCAACAUGUUCGAAUCACAAUCAGUUCAACGUUCACACUUCACAGUCGAUCACUCUUCACAUCAGCUGCUCACUCCUCCUGUUCGUUCCGUUGAGCGAACAAACAGCUGUUUUGCUUUUUGUAUAGACAAGAUGUGGCCAGUUUACAUAAUUGCUGUGGCUAUCGCCAUGGUCGUCACAGGCACCAUUAACACGAUGUCAAUGAAAUGGGCUGACAAAAUAAAUGCCACCGGCUAUGAUGGUCUAGACAGAGAAUUCGAUCAUCCUGUCUUGCAGACAGUUUUCAUGUUUCUUGGAGAAUUCUCCUGCUUCUUAGUUUUCCAGAUACUCUGGUGGUAUUUCUCAAGAAGGCCUACAUUGGAAGAAGAUGAACACGAGCUCAUCAAAGGCAAUAAAGAGUUCAACAUAUUCUAUUUCUUGCCACCGGCCACAUUGGAUAUGUGCGCAACCUCGAUCAUGUACCUUGGACUCAAUCUCACUUAUGCAUCCAGUUUUCAAAUGCUACGUGGGUCUGUCAUCGUUUUCACUGAAAUUUUCUCAAUGAUAUUCCUGCAGCGACAAUUCAAAGCCUUCAGAUGGGCAGGCAUAUUCGUGAUAAUAAUCGGCCUUGCCACUGUAGGCCUCAGUGAUCUAUCAGAAAACAGCAGUGACAGCUCUUCAUCUAAUCAAGUAAUCCUAGGUGAUAUAUUGAUUAUAAUUGCUCAAGUUAUAACAGCUACCCAAAUGGUUUACGAAGAGAAAUACUGCAUCAGGCUAGAUGCCCCACCACUGAAAGCUGUUGGCUGUGAAGGACUCUUCGGUCUUCUGUUUACUGUUCUUCUCCUGUUACCUUUGAAUAACAUUCAUGUUCCCAAACCCUACCAGAACAAUCCAAAUGGAACAAUCGAAGAUCUUCACCAAGCUUACACCCAAGUCCUCAACAAGCCCCUACUUCUUGUUCCUCUGUUAGGAGGACCUGUAUAAUACAUGCCACACUCCAUAUGAAACAAAUCACUGUAUAACUUUUCUAAAAUGUACGAGUACCUGUAAUGUAGGUGAAACGCCUGUUAAUAGUUUUACAGUUAUAAAUUCAAUGAAACAUUCAAUUUUUAUUUCAACUAUAGUACAGGGAAGUUACCUGUAAUACAGGCCCUGUGAGUUCCAUGAAAUAGGCCCCUGGUUACAAAAAUUAUUGUUGAAAAUAUGCAUGUUGAAGUGCAGCUCUCCUGAACUCUUUUCAAUUAUAUUUUUUUAAUACAGAUCACUUAUUAAAUGCAUCAAUAAUAAAUAAUACUUUAUAUAUAUAUUUUUUUAUUUAUAUUAUAAUGAAUAUAUAAAGAAUUUUGCCUUUACGAAUUUUUUUCAAUUGUAAGGCAAUCAGAUAUGGAAAUAAAACCACUCAGAUAUCUGUCAACAAAUUGAGCGUAUAUUUUUUGCGAUUGUAUAUUCGAAAUUAUUCCAGUUCGCUAUGAUGCUCAAUCGUACUAAGAUCUCAAUUGAUCAUUAUUGACUUGCAUUUUGAUAAACUACUAUUGGCUCCAUAUGAAAUUUAUAUUUUUGAUCUCUACAUUUAUUCAUUUUGUUACUUUUUAUGCAAUAAAUAUAUUUUUCA